AUGGUAGAGAAGUGUAACGCACCAACGUAUACACUGGAGAAACGUUUAAGGGAAUACAUAAAUGAAAAAUUGGAAAUAUUACAACUUUCGAAACAAGACUCGUGUCAUUGGAGAGAAUUAGAAGCAUGCGCCAUUAGAAGAUCGCAGAUUUUUCAGAGUGAUCCAAUUCCACAAAACGAAGCAGAAAUCGAUAGUCGAUGCCAAUACCUGAAAGAAGCAGUUGCUUGUGCCACUAAUUACACUGAUAGAUGCGCAACCCCUUUGUACAGGCAAUUAAUUUCAUUUAUUAACUCGGAAUCGGAAGAGAAUUUGAAUCUAUUCUGCACACCAGGAAAUGAAAUGAGAACAACAUUACUGAAACAUUCCGAAUGCCUUUCUAAAGUGUGGAAGGAUCAGCAAUCUUGCGCGAAUGACGCAUUCGCUGCUAUAACGAAACUUCCUUCGACUUCUUCAAGUGAUAGAGUAAAUCUGGCUUGUUGCUCUUAUCGUCGAUUCAGAAGUUGUGGAGCCGAUUUAAUACAGAAAGAAUGUGGUGCCAAAGCAAAAGAAUUUGUGGGAAAAUUUAUAGCAUUUUCUGUGUCAAACUUACCUGAUAUUGUGUGCCAAAAUUUCAAACCGGAAGAUGCCAUCUGCAAAGCAUUACUACCUGAAGCAGGUACUGUUUCCAGUGGAAAUAACGAUUCUCCAUUUAAUCGUUUCAUUGAAAUAUUCACAAGUUCAUCGUAAAUAAUGAAUGUUUCAGUUAAAUUGUGAUCGUAACUUUUAAAUACAAAGUUAUUAAUAAUAAAACAAUAAGAAAGUAUUUUCUUUUAUACGUGUUGUAUAUACGAUGAAACUCAUUGUUCGCAGGGAUAAAUGCAAUGAUA